AGAAAAUGACACUUGAAAGUUGCAACAAAUAAUGUCAGGUUAAGUAUUCUGAUAUGAGAUAGUAGUUGAUAUCAAAACUUUUUCCGUUUUUAACUCAAAAUGGUAGAGUGUUUUCUCUAUUUAUGUAGAAAUAGAAUAGAUGCAAUAGACGAGCAAAUAUGAAGAAGUAUCAUCAACUUAUUCUCAUUGUCAUUUCCAUAACAAGUUUAUUAUUAUUUUUAAUUUAUCGUCACGAAUAUAAUCGCUUACAUUAUGUGUUGGAAGUUUUCAAUUUCUUCGGAAGACCAUGUAAUUUCUCAGAUUUGCAAACAACCGAAUUCACAUUAAAACAACAUGACUGGGGACCACAACCCACUUGGCAAGAAUUGGAUAAUGGUUACGUGUAUUCAGCGUUUUUAACGGGAAAUAUUGAAGUUAAGGCUAUAGGUUUACCACUGGAUACGAAAAAAAUGCCUAGACAAUGUUAUUUUUGGUUUGAGGACCUAAAGAAACCAGUUACAGGGAAAUUUUCUUUUUCAAAAAUGUUAAACAAUGAAGCUGCUCAUUUUUCACCGUUUUUCUAUUACUGUUCUGGACCAAAAUUGGAUCAAGUACCUUUUGCAGUAUCUUUUAGCUCUAGAUCUAAAAAAGAAAGUGAUGUAAAGAAGAUACUAUUAACAGAUACCAGAGUCAACAUACAUCAUACAAAUAUUAAUACAACUAUAUGUGCAUCUCCAUCAAGUUUUAACAAAAAAAGAUUCAUAGAAUUUUUUAGUUUUCAUAGGCUGUUGGGUGUGGAAUCAUUCAUAUUCUAUAAUAAAGAUAUUCCUUAUAGAUUGAUUAAGUUGAUUACAAAUUUAUCAAAAAGAUUAGAUGUACAAGUAGCUUUUUUACCAUGGAACUACCCUAAAGGUGAUACUGGAUUUAUCCAUUCUAUUAUUGAGUAUGACUGUUUAUUUCGCACUUACGGUAAGUCUAGAUUUGUAGCAGCUUUAGAAUAUAAUGAAUAUAUCGUUCCAUCCAGGUCAUUUACAAUUAACGAAUUAUUAAAAGAUUUAAACCAUGAUAUCCAUAGAUUAAGUCUGCCAAUUCAAAAGUUUUGCAUUAAUAAUGUUAGCAUGAAUAAACCACUAGCUUUGCAAAAUUUUGAUGUAAUUUCUGAUUUUGAUUAUAAUUCAGUUCGUUAUGUAUAUAAAAAUAUUGAAAGAGAGUUUUUAAAUACGAAUGCAGUGGAUAUAAGUAAAGCAUCUAUUCACAAGUAUGUACGAUGCGGAAAUGAAGUUAAAACUACUACAGAUUAUAGCAUGCAAAAGUUUUCUACAGAUUUCAUCAGGUCAACUCUAAUUCAGCUUCUUUUGCACAAUCAGCUAUGAAUUUUAGGUUAAGAUUUGUUAUUGUUAGUGCAAUGAAUAAAUGUCUUUUUCAAAA